UAUAUAUAUGAAUGUUUACUGUCAUACCUGUUUUUCUUUCUAUCGAAUACAAAUAGAGAACUUGAACACCCAGAAUAAAAAUAAAAUAUAUUUUGUUCAAUAUACAUAAAUAUACCCAUAGCAUGCAUUCAGACCUGAGUAAACAGUGUCAGACGUUAUGUUUCUAGCUGAAGCGUUUCUUUGACAUGUGACCCAGUGUCUCUGGCCUGUUCAUUCUCUGUCUCAGUCUCUGCUCGAGCGCUCGAGUCGCCCGCUGUCUGUGGGUGUACACAUACUGCUGAGCUCUUGCUUUUUUUAUGAUGACUGGAAAGACUUUGUGGAGGAGAAGCCAUCGGUCGGUUUGUCUCUGUCACUGUUAAUGCUGUUCUGGUUGUUUCGGGGGAAAUCUGUCACACUGGUUUCACCUGACUUGAAAAACAGUUAUAAAUAAAUGAUCAGUUUUGUCACACCAUCCACAAAUACUUGUGCAAAAGUGUGGCAGUGUGUGUGGGAGGGUGAGUCAGGCCGGAGCGGCAGGAAAACAGAACUAGAGAAGAGAAAAGAGCAGAUUUCACAUGUGUUCCACCAAACAUCUUCACAAGGACACAGCCAUGGAUCUCAACUUUCUUCUCUUCAUCUUCAGGUUCAUCAGACUCUCGGGAUCUCCAAGUCUUCUGGUGAACUCUCAGAAUGUGACGGGAUCUGAGGAUGGCAGUGUUAUCAUCUCCUGCCACCAUCAGGGGCAAAGUGGGGUAAAAUGGUGUAAGUUUGGAGGUCAGUGUAUUACAGGAGCGUCUGGGACAUUAGCCGGAGCCUCGGUCGAGAUCAGACGUGGUCUGAGAAACACGACAGUGAGCAUGAGCCGGCUGAAGAAGCAGAACACAGGAUGGUACUGGUGCUCAACAGAAGAUCUGCAGAUGCCUGUUCAUAUCACUGUCCUUCAGAAGAAGAGCAGAAAGAGUCCGGUCACAGCAGAGUCUGCUCAGAUCUCACCCAGCGCUCACAACAGGACGGCUCUCUUAUUUCUGUUGCCUGUGAUUUUGGAGAUUCUCCUGAUGAUAAUCAUUUACUUGGCACUGAAACUGUUGAGGUUUUACAGAACAAGGUUCCUCUCGUCUGAGGAUGAAGCAGACGAGGCUCGGUAUGUGUCGAUGCACAGAAAACAGUCGAGGCGUUCGUACGGCUCUGUUGCUGCUGAAGGAGUGUAUGAGAAUAUGGCUGGACUCGAAACAAUCAGUGAGUCUCUGAGAGAACCGGAUUAUGUGAACGUUAUGAAGACGUGACUUGACAGCAUCAGAAGAGUGUGAUUCUGAGAGACCCGUCUCAACCAAACCUGACUGCUGCUAAAGAGCCAGACAGAGAUGUUUUUCUGUUUAUUUUGUAAUGUGAUCUACUGAUGGAUUUCAAAGCUCAAAGCUACACCACGUCUGCAGUUCAUUACAGCAUCUUCAUUUAUAACCUUCAUGGGUUUGAUUCCCAGGGAAGGCCAGAACUAAAACAUUCAUAUGUUCAUCUAAACUGGAUGAUUUUAGACUGCAGUUCACACAGAUGUAAUUAUGUAACAAUGUUAAUAUAAUAACGAGCGUCAAACACCCUUUGCAUUAAAGUUACAAUAACUCAG